AUGUCCCGACCCUCGGCGCAUCAGCAACAUCAGUGGCAGCGGCGGCGGCAGCACGGCGAAGUGUUCGUCCGGCUGGUUACCGCCGCGAACCUCGUCCAGGAGCUGUCCACGAUCCGCGCCCUCCUGGAGACGUACCCGCACGUGACCGUGCACGCGGAGCACCACGGCGGCGGCGGCGGCGACGAGGAGGGCAACAACCUGCCGCCCGGCGUGCGCAUCGACAACCUCCCCGCGGCGUCCCGGUACGGGCUGGCCAAGGUGGACGUGGACUCCUCGGUCCCGUACUCCCAGCUCGGCAUCACGCUGUGCGACGCCAACGGGAGGCUCCCCGUGCUGACCGCCACGCCCUGGCCCCCGGGCGCCGCCGCCGCCGGACAGUCCGUGUGGCAGGUCGGGUUGCACGACCGCGACUACUCCGUCUCCGGCGGUGUAGUGAGCAGCCUGAGCAUGAGGGCGUUCGCGUACGCGCUGUUCGCCACGGGCGUGGUGUCCGCGGAGACCCGGCGGAGCACCGCCGUCACGUGGGUCGCGUACGGCGGGCUCUACCACCUCGGGUUCCUCCUCAAGGUGCUCACCGGCGGCGCGCGGCUGCCGGACACGAAGGAGGAGUUCCUGGCGUCGCUGAGAGCCUACCUCGGCGACAGGGUGUUCGACGGGAGGUACGUGGCGGCGCGGCUGCCCGGGGAGGAUGAUGUGAGCUUGAAGGGCCCUCUCACGCACAUGGCGGCGCUGCUCGGUGCGCCCGCGGCGACGGCGGCAAAGGAGCCGUGGCAGGCCGGGGAGCGGAGCCUUGUCGCGUGCCAGGUGUUCAUGCGCCUCAAAGGGCUCUUCUUCGCAUGGGACGACACCAUAGACGUGCAUGCUGGCUGUAUCCACGGCCUGCACUCACCAACGUCGUCGUCGAGCUGA